AUGACUCCUCCGUCCACCCCUCUCAGCGGGCAGGCCGCUCGGCCGCAGCCGCCAGCGCUACCGGCCAACCUCCAGCGCCUCCUCGAUCGCACCCGCAUCAGCCAGGCCGACGUUAACGUCUUCUCGGACCUCCUCCAGGCUGCUUGCGAUUUCCUCGACGCGGGCAAAGCAAAGCAGUCGCACAUCUUCUGCUCCGCUGCGCGACCAUGCGACUUUGAGCUCGAGAGCUGCAUGCUCCGUGUGUUCAGCUUUCGCAACAAAGACAACAUCGACCGAUGGAAGGCACGCGUCACCUCAGCUGUCUAUUCAAACUGUUUAGACUGCUACAAGGGCUUCCUCAGGGCAAAAGAUCACCUUCGUUCCACCUACCUCUCUUCCUUCCCCGCGGACAAGCUCGACGCAUUCUUUGCUUAUCUCGACUCGGUCGAAGAGCAGCUCGCCCUCGAUGCCGUACAAAAAGUCAAAGGAACCGCCGAGCAUGCUUCCUUAGCCAAGCUGAGCCGCGUAGAGAUCUACGCCAUCCUCACUCUGGUCGCCUCGCCCAACGCUGCGAGACUCGAAGCCACGCUCAAAGCUGUCUGGAAGAGCGAACAGCUCAGCAACCUCUCGGAGCUGCCCGCUGGCCUGCUCACGCUCUGCAUCGACCAAGAUGCCUUGAUCCGCUCCUUCGCUGCCAGACCGAUGCUCUUUCUUAAGCCGCUCACUCCCGAGACGGCCUCGCUCAGCAUCUUUGCUCAGGCCCUCAGACGCGUGCAAAAGAGAUACUCGGAUCAGGGCGCCGAAGCCGACUGGUCCCUUCUCUCUAUUCUCCUUAACGCAGCGCCUUGCCUGGCCGCCGACCUCACUGCAGCCAUCCUCAGCCACGUGCAUGAUAGACACGAUCGUUUCGGGGAUGUCCUCAGGGCGUACGCAACCCUCCUGAAACUGCGAGGGCCAGCCAUAUGGAACAGCAGCAUAUCCACCACAGCGUCCAGCUCGGACAAGGACGACGAGUAUCCCACCGUCAUUCUCUCUGGCAUCCUUGACAAUCCCUACUUCACCAAGCCGCUCUUUGAAUCGCCUCAGUCCGUCUCGAAUCCACGCGAACGGGGCCUCUUCUUUGGCUGGAUGCGUCCGCAUCUCGACACGCUUCAGUCGCACGGCGGCAAGCUGUUCAGCGAGGCCAUCAAGCGCCUUGCUAAUUUCCUCUUCGAGCGCAUGCAGCAAGGCCACGUUCCCAACGAGUGCCGAGCUGUCGCCUUCACCGAGGCGAUCGAUCUUGUCCUCAAUCAUUCCGACGAGGCAAAUAGCAGACAGGUGGUCGACCUCUACGCCGCACCCAUUUCACAGAUCGCUUUGGCCAAAGACAGCAAGUCAGACGAGGCCACACGUCGAGCCGCGCGCGACCUUAUUGCUCAAGCUUUCGAGCGAGACGCCAAGACGCUCAUGCGUGCCUUGACCAAGCUUUCGUCUCUUUCUCAUAACAACAACAGCAAAUCGAAAGAGCGAUCACGCGCUCAGCGCGACAACAAGCAGCUCGUGUCGCCCGACGUCUUCUACCAAGAGAUCGCACGUCAAGACUACCCUACUGUCGAGAUCUGCGCCAUGCUGUGGAAGGAGGUCUACAGCGUCACAUCCGUCGCCACUUCGACCGAAGGCAUCAGCAUCCUCCUUGGCGCUCUCGCUCGCAUCGCCGUGUGCACCCAGCCAUCGCUGCAGACGCAUGUUCUCAAGCCGCCUUCUAAAGGCACCACGCCCGCCUACGAUGCGUACCUCACGCGGGUUCGACAGUCGGUUGCCAGCGUGCAAAGUGCCUUUAGAGCGAUGCGUCGAUCCGACUUUGCAGAGCAACUCGCUGACUACGGCGAGCUCGCUCGUGAAGACGAAGUACAGCAGCUGUGCACCGCAGACGCCUACAGCCUACUGCUCCUCAAUCUCUGCCCCGAUCCCGACAUCUACCGACCUGCCCAAAAUCUGCUGCGUCAAGCAUUCAGCACUGUCGAGAGUCGAGCCGACUGCUUCCGCAUCCUGUUCCAGAUCAACCAUACCUCGUCCUUCCGAGCUCUCGCAGACUACCUCCAGCAGUUUGUCAACGUCACCGGCCGCCUCAUCGAGGCCAACGAGCUGGCCAAGUGGAUGGUGCGAAGUUUCGCCGACAUCGUCAAUGUGCUUGCCGGUAGCACCGAUGGUCUCUUGCGUCCCGGAACGUCGUGGACUCUCAUCGAAGACCGCUCCACCCUGCAAGCUGUGGCGCUCAAGGCUCCGACCAUCUGGCGUCUCAUGUGCGAAAGUGUCUCGUCCAUCUUCAAACGAACGCCUGCUUGGUCGACACUCUUACCUCGAGAGGAGAUGGUGGCGUGGUUCCGAGAUGUCACCAUCUUUGCCACCGAGAUGGUCGAUGCCCUUGCCGUCUUUCGUCACGUCGUGCGGAGGGCCGCCGAAGCGCCAGCUCGGUGGAGAGGCAAGUCCAGCGGCGACGCAGACGCCGAGGAUCUGCAGCCAGCCGAAGAAGAGAUGAUGGUGCAUGCGCUCGCCCUGCCCAUCGAAUCGGCUACAAGCUGGCUGCGCAUGAACGACGAGGAGAUCCUGCGCGAAACGCAAUCCUUCAUCCUCAAGGCGCUCGAUCAAUUCGGUGUCGAGUAUGACCUCCCUGCCAAGUCGAAGACCAAGAUGCUCAACUUCAUCAACGAGCAGAUGGGCAUCAAGGAUGCCGCCGUUCGACACACGCUCUUGUCCCUCGACGAGCUUGCUGAUCUGAAGGUGCGCCUCGAUCCAAACGCAGGCGUCAUCGAGAUCAGUGACGAGGAUGACGACGCGGCCAGCGCAGCCUCGGACGUGAAGACGACCCAGUCGACCGCCAGCACAUCCACUCCUGGUCUGCCAGCCGCAUCGACCAAACGCGCAGAUGGAUUUUCCUCUGGCAGUACCAAGACGUCGUCUGCGUCUGCAGCGACUUCCACGCGACCGAAAGAGGAGAGCGACAACUCGCACUGGUGGGCGGGUGUCGGCAACUUUGGUAUGAUCAGCAACAGCCAAGAGCAACGACGCCGCAACAAGCUCAAGCAGUCCAAGCUCAGCUUUGGCAAAGUGGAUCCCAGCCAGAUCAUCGACGUCGACAAGGACGAUUCCUCUCCGACAACGGCCAAGAAACCCAUCACGCUCGACUUUACGCGCCCGAAAGCACAGCCCGCGUCUGUGCCUUCCGCCCCGAUCAAUGCGUAUCGCGGCGCCUCGGCACGAGGCGCCUACCCAUCUGCCGGCUCUUCAUCAGCUGCCUCGAGGCUUCCAAAGGCGAGCACAGGCAAGUUGGCUCAACUACGACAAGAGCUCGGUGGAGCGAAUCGCUCUUGGAAACCGCAGAAUGCCAAUGUACGCAAUGGCGAUGCUCGAUGGGGUCGCAACCAUGAGGACGACGUCACCGUCAAAGCACCUGCGGCCGUCAGCUCGGUCACAGGUGCGCUCAUCAACAAGAUGCCCGGUCCGACCACCGAGGCAGGAAAGGCAGCAGCAGCGAGGAAAGCAGGAGCGACUGACAGCGAUUCUACGGGCUCAUCCUCAUCUUCGUCCGACUCGAGCGACGAGGAAAGCGAGGCGAAAGGACUGGCUGCGCUUCGUGGUAAGGUGGACCGGCCUCGCGUGCCCAAGAUCAACCAGCCGCAGCGGCGACAGAUCGUCGUCAAGGAGGACUAUCAUCUGGAGCGCGCUCGGCGUGAACGCGCCGAUGCCGAACGCAAGCGCAUCUUACGCAGCCCUCCUGACUUUUCCGCUUUGCAUCGAAGCAUCCUGGUGUGGAACUACGCUCACGAGGGCAAUCGUCCUCCAGCGAUGGCUGGCAAGGCUCCUGAGUACCGACGCAUCCAGCCCCACUUCAGCAACGCUAACGACUACGGCUCCGUCCUCGGUCCUCUCCUCUUGCUCGAAUGCUGGGCGCAAUUCCAACAGGCCAAAGAGGAAGCGGAAUCGUCCAACGCAUCCAGCAUCCCCCUCGAGGUAGCGGGUCGAUCCACCGUCGACGCAUUCGUAGACGUCAACGUCACCAUCCCGCCAGAUUCGCUGCCGUCCAAGGAGUUUUUCAACGACACCGACAUCGUCCGCCUCAAGGAAAGGACGCCCGCCAUUUCGGGCAAGCAGCCCAAGAUUGUACUUGCCAAGGUCGAAGCCUUCAAGCGUCAUCCGCAAGGCCACCAAAUGACGUUGCGGUGCUGCCUGUCGGAGGAUCGUCAAGGAGCCAGUACGGCGUUGGUCAACCGAUCCAAGUGGGAGCUCAAGAAGCUCUUCUCAUUGACGACUCUGCAUCGUGAGUUUGCAGCUCUGAUGGCAGCGCCUCACUAUGACUUGUUCAGCGACGUCAUCCGCGCUCGGGUCGCUCCCAAAGUGACGCUUGCCGCGGACGAGGUCAAGAAGACCAUGCAAGGCUAUCAGGUCAACGAGCCGCAAGCUCGCGCCAUCUUGGGCUCUCUCGCCACGGAAGGCUUUUCGCUCAUCCAAGGUCCGCCCGGUACUGGUAAGACCAAGACCAUCUGUGCGCUGAUCGGCGCCUUUGUCUCGAACCGCAAGGGCCCUUCGACGUCCGUGCAAGCCGGAAAGACGCAAGGCAAGGUGGGCGCCACGAAAAAGAUCUUGCUCUGCGCCCCGAGUAACGCUGCCAUCGAUGAGGUGGCCAAACGAGCUAGAGCCGGCAUGCGUCUAGCCGAUGGCAAAAUGUUCCACCCCAAAGUCGUGCGAGUUGGCAGAGAAGAUACUAUGAACGUCAGUGUCAAGGACAUCUCGCUCGACUAUCUGAUCGAGCAGCGGCUGGAAGGCGGCAGUGUCUUUGACAACAACCGCAACGGGGGCAGCUCGGCCGAUCCAAGCGCCUUGCAUGCAGAGAUCCUCAACCUCAAGACGCAACGAGAGCAAAAGCAGAUGGAGCUGUCCGAAGCUAGAGCCGCUGGUAUUCAGGCUACGGUCUCCCACCUCGAGGCCGAGAUCCGCAAUUUGUCCGCCAAGAGGCUUGGAGUCAUGGCCAAGCUCGACGAAGCCAAGGACAAGCAGCAGAGCCAGCAUCGACAGCGAGAAGCGGACCGGAGACGCGCCAGGAUGGAGAUCUUGGGCGAUGCCGAUGUCAUCUGCACGACGCUUUCUGGCGCAGGUCACGAGAUGCUGAGUGGCGUUGCAUUCGACUUUGAGACCGUGGUGAUCGAUGAGGCUGCGCAGGCGGUAGAAUUGAGCAGCAUCAUUCCGCUCCGCUACGGUUGCAAGCAGUGCAUCAUGGUCGGUGAUCCUAAUCAGCUGCCUCCCACCGUGAUCUCGCAGGAAGCGGACAAGCUCGGCUACUCGCAGUCGCUGUUUGUGAGGAUGUUCGAACGAUCACCUCAAGCUGUGCACCUGCUCAGCAUUCAGUACCGAAUGCAUCCAGAGAUCUCGGUGUUCCCGUCCAAGGCGUUCUACGACUCGAAAUUGCAAGACGGGCCCAACAUGGCCGAGCUGACGCUUCAACCGUGGCACAAGUUCGAACUCACACGGCCGUUCAAAUUUCUCUCGACGAAGGGGCUGGAGUCGCCCGGUCGAAUGCAUUCGAUCAUCAACAAGGAAGAGGCGAACGUCGCGUUGGCACUGUACGAGCGGCUAAGGACCGACAACCCGCGGGAGAACUUCGACUUCAGAAUCGGCGUUGUGACCAUGUACAAAGCGCAGGUCUUUGAGCUCAAGCGCGUCUUCCAGCAGCGCUACGGUAUCGACAUCACCGAUCGCAUCGACUUCAAUACGGUCGACGGAUUCCAAGGUCAGGAAAAGGACAUCAUCAUCCUCAGCUGUGUCCGUUCAGCAUCCAAACCCUCGAGCAUCGGUUUCUUGGGCGACCGUCGACGUCUGAACGUCGCUGUGACGCGUGCCAAGAGCAACUUGUUUGUCGUUGGCAACGCCGAGCAUCUUCGUCGCGGCGAUGCGAUCUGGGAGAGGCUUGUCGCCACUGCCGAGCAGCAGGGGGCAUUGCAGCCGAUCACGGUGGCGAUGCUGCAGAAAGGCGACCGCACUCUGGCCAAGAACCACGCAACCAUUGAGCAGAAACGGCCCUCGAUCGCCAAUGCUGCUCCAGCCAAUGGUGCCACUCAUCCGAAAGCCGCGCCACCACCCGGUCCGCCCCCUGCCAGACCCCCGUCCAUGGCGCCGCCGACGUCGGCUACUUCGACGUCGACUUCGUACGCGCCUCCGCCUCCUAGCACGAAUGCCGCGCCAUUGCGCAAACCAGUGCAGAGCCCUGACGGUCUGCGGGUCGGAAAGGGCGAGACGGCUGAGAAGAAGCGCAAGGCCAUCGUGGUGGAGGACCCAAAGAUCUUACCCAAGAAACCUCGAGUAUCUGACGAAAGCGGGGAUCGCAGCAAGUCGCAAGCACAGGUCUCGCAGCCUUUCAAAGCAGCUGGAGGUGGCGCCGUGGCCAACGGACGAGUCAAGGUCCUUACAAAUGGCAGUGAUGCGCAGAUGCGACCUUCCCGACCCCGUAACCCAGCCGAUAGUCUGCCCGCGGGCCAACUUCGCGAUCCGACGCGACAGAGUCCGCAGGGAGUGCCAACAGGCCUUGCAAAGAAGCCGGUGACUCCCACGGGCAUGAGUCCCAGAGCUCGUCCGCCGAACGGCUUGCCGAAUCGCAAUGGUAUGGGCGACGGAAGCCCUCGUGGACUUGCUGCUCUGCCGAAGAGACCAGCGAGCCCGCCAAAACCGUCGAAUGCUGCGCUCAACGCCCUGUUCGUCAAGAAGCGCAAGUAG